AUGGAAGAGAUCCAUAAUUUGGAUACCAUAGAUGUGGAGCUUGAUGAAUACUUUAAAAGGAAACAAAUUUUUCGAUGCAAAGAUGAUUUUCGAAAUAUUCUUUGUGAAGAAGACAAUGACGACGUAAAUGAUGGUUCUCAACCUAAAAGUAAUAUUGAAAAAUCAGAUAAAGAGUAUGUGGAAGAAAGUGAUGAAGAAAAUAUUGAUCAUGAUUUCGAGUAUUCCACCCACAACCCAAAGGUGAAAUGGGACUUAAUGAAACCAAUGUGUGGUGAAAGUGUUAUACUAGUGAGAAUAUGUGACAGUGGUCUAGAGAAGUGCCCAUUCGUGGUUAAGGCCUCUUAG